AUGCAGCGGGAGCGCGGGGAGCAGAGCGCAGGAGCCUCCGAAACCGAGGUCAAGGCUGUCAUCGUGGGGGAUGGCGGCUGCGGGAAGACGUCGCUGCUGGUGGCCUUCGCCAAAGGGGACUUCCCCAAGGUCUAUGUCCCCACAGUGUUCGAGAAGUACACGGCGUCCCUCCAGGUUGACGGCAAGCCCGUGAAGAUCCACCUGUGGGACACAGCAGGACAGGAAGACUAUGACAGGCUUCGCCCUCUGUCCUACUCAGACGCCAACGUUGUCCUCAUGUGCUUUGAUGUCACCGACUCCAACAGCUUUGACAACAUCCUAACAAAGUGGUACCCGGAGGUGAACCACUUCUGCAAGGGGGUCCCGGUGCUGCUGGUGGGCUGCAAGACGGACCUGCGGCAGGACCAGGAGGUGCUGCAGAAGCUGAAGGACGGACGGAUGCAACCCGUCUCCCGCCAGCAGGGAGAGGCCAUGGCCCGGCAGGUCCGCGCCGUGUCCUACAUGGAAUGCUCGGCCAGGUACCAGGAUAACGUCGGGAACAUCUUUGUGAGAGCCUGCCAUGCCGCCAUCAGUGCCGCCCGCCGGAGGCAGCGCAAGGCGGGACCCAGGAGGGUCUGCGUGAUCCUCUGAGCCCCCCGGCAAGGCACAACCCCCCGGGAUCUCCUGCUGUCCCCGAGCUCCGACCGCACCACGCCUGCUGCCGCACCUCUGCCUCCGCCACCACCGGAAUGCCGCUGCCACCCUCCCGA